AUGCCAGGCAGAGCCAAACUAUCUAAAUCACCAAAACUCCCAGUUAUGGCAAUGCAAUUUGGGUCUUUAGUGUUAGGUGUGCUGCUUCUAACUGGCUUUGCAUUGACAAGUAGUAAAGCUGCUUUUGUACCAAGUCACUAUGACACUGCUUUCCUCAACAGAAGCAGUUUUCCAGCUGGUUUCAUAUUUGGCACAGCUUCUGCAUCUUAUCAGUAUGAAGGUGCUGCAAAAGAAGAUGGGAGAGGACCAAGCAUAUGGGACACCUUCACCCACAAAUAUCCAGAAAAAAUAAAGGAUGGCAGCAAUGGAGAUGUGGCGAAUGAUGAAUAUCACCGCUAUAAGGAAGAUGUGGGGAUUAUGAAGAAUAUGGGAUUGGAUGCUUAUAGGUUCUCUAUCUCAUGGUCCAGAGUGUUACCAAAUGGAAAACUAACUGGGGGCGUUAACAAAGAAGGAAUCAAAUACUACAACAAUCUCAUCAAUGAACUCCUACGCAAUGGUUUAAAGCCAUUUAUAACACUCUUUCACUGGGAUCUUCCCCAAGUUUUAGAAGACGAAUAUGGUGGUUUCUUAAGCCCUCAUAUUAUCAAUCAUUUUCAAGACUAUGCAGAACUUUGUUAUAAGGAAUUUGGAGAUCGGGUAAAGCAUUGGAUCACAUUAAAUGAGCCAUGGACCUAUAGUAAUGGUGGUUAUGCAGGAGAGGGUUUGGCACCAGGACGAUGUUCUGAUUGGCAGAACUUAAACUGCACUGGCGGAGAUUCGGCUACUGAACCAUAUUUGGUGGCACACCACUCCUUACUUUCUCAUGCAGCUGCUGUAAAAGUGUACAAAGAUAAAUAUCAGGCAUCUCAAAAAGGCGUGAUAGGGAUAACACUAGUGUCACAUUGGUUUGUGCCCGUUUCUAAGGCAAAGCACAAUAAAAAUGCUGCAUUACGAUCUUUGGAUUUUAUGUUUGGAUGGCAAGAAUCUGAUGUUCGUGUUUGGAAUUUCCAUCUCUUAAUUUCUAGGUUUAUGGAGCCAUUGACAAGUGGUGACUAUCCUCACAGCAUGCGAUCUCUUGUUGGAAACAGAUUACCAAAGUUUACAAAAGAACAAUCCACGGCGGUAAUGGGGUCAUUUGAUUUUCUUGGAUUAAAUUACUACACUGCUUACUAUGCAACCUAUGCACCCCAACAUAAUUCUGUAAACGCAAGCUACUUGACAGAUGCUCGUGCUAAUAAAUCAUCUGAGCGUAACGGAGUCCCAAUUGGUCCAAAGGCUGCUUCAGACUGGCUACAUGUUUAUCCAAGAGGAAUUCAAGAUCUUUUACUAUAUACAAAGAAAAAGUAUGAUGAUCCACUAAUUUACAUUACUGAGAAUGGCAUUGAUGAGUAUAAUGAUCCCAAAUUAUCACUUGAGGAAGCCCUUAAUGAUACCCAGAGAGUGGACUACUACUACAAUCACCUCUCAUACCUUCAAAGAGCAAUCAAGGAUGGUGUCAAUGUGAAGGGAUAUUUUGCAUGGUCAUUACUAGACAACUUUGAGUGGAGUUCUGGAUACACUGUUCGAUUUGGUAUCAACUAUGUGGAUUACAAUGAUGGACAGAAAAGAUACCCGAAAGUUUCAGCACAUUGGUUCAAAAGUUUCCUAAAAAAAUAUUGA